AUGCCCAGUCUACUUUGUGGAUACAAUGAAACCCUGAUGGCCCUCAACACACAGUUCAUCCUCCCAGAGUGCAAUGGAAAACCUGACUGGAACGUUGACCCUCCGAUCCUGAAAUUCAAUCUGUCAAUAACUGCUGAUGCUGUGGCUGUCUGCUCCAACACAUUCAGGGUAAAUCAAUUACAGGAAUGUAUUUACCUGCUUGGUUAAUUAUGGUGAGACAAAAUUAGUAUUUGAUUCGUCGAGUUGCCCCUAUUGUUCUAAGCUGGGUGUUUUGAAUCUCUUUGUCUUGACUCCAGAUAACCAAUGAAGUUGGGACUGGGUUAUUUUCUGACUUCUCAAAUGUCCAGUUUGUUAAUAUAUCUGGCAUCAUCAACUCGUUGGACCCCAGUGCGGCCAUUGUCACCUACCGCCAGCAGAUGAUGUACAUGUUCUCCUGUCGCUACCCUCUGCAGUAUCUGGUCAACAACAGUAAAGUGGCAGUGUGAGUACUUCAAUUCACCACCUACUCUACUGUAACUCCCAGUCGAAUUCAGCAUCAUUUUGUCUAAUGACUCAAACAGCCUGUUCAUUAUUGAGUGUAAACCAUGUACAGUAUGUGUCUCUGAAACAUUCCAUCCCCUUGAUUGUCCACAGAUUGGGUGUGAGUCUUGCAGUGAGGGACAUUAACGGCAGCUUCGUCAGUACUCUGAGUAUGUGGCUCUACAGUAUUGUUCACCCAGUUUCAUUUCUAUAGAUUUAUGAUAACUCUGUAACUAAACCUGAAGCAUUUUUGGUUUCUGGUCACGCCUAAUUUGUGUAUGUGUACAGUAUGUGUAUGACUCAUAACUCUUGUCUCAUCGAAGGUGUACAUGUGAUGGACAAACCAGGGUCGAGUUGAACGGAGCGUCUCAGAAUGCACACUUCUCCUUUGAGACCUUCCGUUUCAUUGAACACAAGAACAUGACCGUCUCCACUUUCUACCUGCACUGUGUCACCCGACUCUGUGAGGUGUCCUCCUGCUCGUCCUUACUGCCCGUCAGUAUCAACAAUUAGAAAAUAACACACAGGUCACUGCCUUCACUCAGAGAAACAAAACUAAACAUUUUACGAUAGUACAUUGUGGCAGUCACAAUCACAUUCACCAUAUUGCCGUUGGUCUCUCUAGACAUCCGGGUUGCCUACAACAAUGUUAGAAUGUUCUAGCUUAACACCUGUUGCCUAGAGUCUGGGUUUCCCAGACUAUAUUGCCCUCUGCUCUGAAGAACCCUAAUUUCUGAGACAACCCUAUGAUAUUCUAAGCUUAUCCAACUGAAUAGACAAACGUUUCAAACCAAUAGGAAAUGAAAACUGACUUCCUGUCUGAACUCUGCCUGUUUGAUCCCAGAACUGUUCAGGUUCCUCCAGGAGAAAGAGAGAAGCCCAGGGAGUGUUGACUAACGACCAGGCCACAAUCUCCUCCGGACCCAUUAAGACCAAAGUGGACGACGGUGCGGCCGUACUGUACCACUGGACCAGUGGUGUGAUAUGA